AUGGUCGUAAUCCCGGCCAACGGACACGAGAGACGCCGUGUCCUAGUAGACCGCGACGAGCAAUAUCUGGUACGCUGGACGCCAGACACGUCGACUACCAAACCACCGCUCAGCUGGCAUUCGGUUAAGGACCUAGUGCGAUGUCUAGAGCAAAUCCAGGACUACCUCGAAGUGAGGGAGAAGUAA